UGGGAGGGGCGCAAGUGCAGUGACGGGCCGGCUGCGGGAAGCGGGAGGGUACGGCUGCGACUGUGUCCCUGCAGCCGGGCGGCGGAAGCUCGCGCGCUCGGCGCGUGCCUCUUCUCGUCCUGCGGAGAGCUUGGCAUGCGGUGAUGUCAGCCAGACUUCUCAGAGCCCUGGCCGGAUCUCACUGUAUUUUAUCAAAAGCAUGUCACGGCCAAAAAUUCGUUCAUCAAACAGUAAAGCCACUUAAGGAGAGUACAACACAUGGCACCCAGACAAGAGACCCAAACUUGGAUUUGUUCUUUCCUGGUACAUCAGUUGGCGGUUUGAAUAAGCCCCAGAUUCUGGAAAUGAACCAGCACCCAUCAAAUACAAGCAUAUUCUAUACAAUAAACAGUGCAUAUUGCCAAGAUGAAAAAGCAUGUCUUCUAACCCGGAAGUCUUUGGGUACUCACCGGAAAGUGCCUCACAGACCAAAUCUAUUAGGUUCUAAGUGGUUUACAAAAAUAUUAGAGAGGCACUACUCAUCCACAUCACCAGAAACGUUUGUUUCUAAACAAGACUUUCCACAGAUGAAGAGACCACUAAAAGCCUCGAGGACCAGGCAGCCAUCCAGGACCAACCUUCCCGUUCUGUCUGUGAAUGAGGACCUGAUGCACUGCACAGCAUUUGCAACUGCAGACGAAUAUCAUCUUGGAAAUCUAUCUCAAGAUCUGGCCUCUCAUGGAUAUGUGGAAGUAACAACCUUGCCUAGAGAUGCAGCAAAUAUUUUGGUGAUGGGUGUCGAAAGUUCUGCAAAAGAAGGUGAUCCUGGAACAAUAUUCUUCUUCAGGGAAGGAGCUGCUGUGUUCUGGAAUGUGAAAGACAAAACUAUGAAGCAAGUGAUGCAAGUUCUAGAAAAACAUGAAAUUCAGCCCUAUGAAAUUGCAUUGGUACACUGGGAAAAUGAAGAGCUUAACUAUAUAAAAACAGAGGGGCAGUCAAAACUUCACAGAGGGGAAAUCAGGUUAAAUUCAGAGCUGGAUUUAGAUGACGCCAUUCUAGAGAAAUUUGCUUUUUCAAAUGCUCUUUGCCUUUCAGUGAAACUGGCUAUUUGGGAAGCAUCACUGGAUAAAUUUGUUGAAUCUAUUCAGUCAAUUCCAGAGGCUUUAAAAGCUGGGAAGAAAGUGAAACUAUCUCAUGAAGAAGUUAUGCAGAAAAUGGGUGAACUGUUUGCCCUAAGACACCAUGUAAACUUGAGUUCGGAUUUCUUGAUUACUCCUGAUUUCUACUGGGACAGAGAAAACCUGGAAGAACUUUAUGAUAAAACUUGUCAGUUCCUAAGCAUUACUCGUAGAGUUAAGGUCAUGAAUGAAAAACUUCAGCACUGCAUGGAGCUAACAGAUCUGAUGCGGAAUCACCUGACGGAGAAGAGGGCGCUGCGCCUGGAGUGGAUGAUCGUCAUUCUGAUCACCAUAGAGGUAAUGUUUGAACUGGGACGAGUGUUUUUCUAAUCAAGUGAUGACCAAAGGAAAAGUGUCAUUUCAAGAGCUAUUCAAGUUCUGCAAUCAACAAUAAAUGCUCACUACUGGGGGAAAUAUUUUAUUUAAUAAGUAUUUAAUUUUUUAAAUCAAGAAAUUGUUAUAACGAUCAUUUCAGCUCCUAAAUGUAUUGCUCCUUGAAUAAAAAUUAUGAACGAUCUUGUGCUUGGGUCUGUUAACAGACAAUUUGAAAGGAAAAUGUUUAUUUUAAAGAGGUCUGGAGAAGCUUAGCAUCUAGCAAAUGUAGGCAAACAUACUUAAUAAAGCCAAAGGCUUAGAUUUGGACACUGCACCUAUAAUCUAUCCCCAGGGAAUGCCAAUCAUGGUCCUGGCUGAGAACCAUACAGGAUCUCAGGGGUGUUGAAGUCAAUAUAUAAAAUGACACAGGUGUUUGAUGGCAGAAAUUGGUUUUAUAAACCUACUUUAGAUGGCAUUCCUAAUUUGAGUUUGACAGCUCACUGGUACUUUGCCUUUUAUUAAUACUUUCCAUCCUUUCACUAUCAAGUUAGUCAAAAUGUUCGUCUCAUAGAAACAUUUGUUUCACACAUACUUUAGGGAAAUUACAAAAUACCACGUACAAAGAAUUUAACAUUUAUAUGUUUACCAUCUUGAAUUGAUAAUUAACAUUCUUUUUAAAAAGCGCAGUCUUAUCUUCAUUUGCCUUAUUUUUAUGCAUUAACCCCUCCAUUUCACUACCCUCUCCACCACAAUGAAUUUAAAUGUUUUUUUCCUAUACAUUCUAUAUAUAUAUAUCCAUGAACAGAGUAUUACUCUGUUCAGAACUGGGAUGCUGUCAUUUUACAACUUGUUUACUGCUACAAAGCAUUCCACAAAAAGAAUACACUAUACCCUUACUGAUGCCUUUUAUGCAUUUGCUGUGAUAGAGUGAAAGGGAACAUCCUGUGGUGUCUUUUUCAGCACACCACUCGAGUUCUUAAGCAGCAGUCUAUCUGAGGGACCUAUGCCCCAAGGGCACCCGACUUCUCAAGGAGCGUGUGGGCACGGAGAGGUCAAGAACUGCUUUCUAGCGCCUCCAAGUCUAAAGCACUCCAAGCACUUGCCUAAAACUGCUGUGUCUGUGCACACCUGCAAUCAGUGCAUCAAGCCUGUUCUCCAUCCCCAUCUUCCCUUCUCACUCUGUAUAGAAGGCCUCUCUCACCCAUCCUGUUGAAUAUGAGUUUGGUCCGCUGUAUUUAAAAACCUUUAAAUAUAUUUAACCUAUAUUUUAAAAUCUUUAGGAAACCAAACAAGAGGAUAGUUUGAAACAGUGGUCAACAAAACCUCCUUUAAGACCAUGUUAUCCCUCACCUAAUAAGGGGAAUUUCCAUUAAAAUUUUACUCCAAGUAUCAAUGUGUAUAAUUUGCUAUUUGGGUCAACUCUAUUAAUUAUAACAUUUUUAAGACUUGAACAUUUGGUGCCGUAGGGUCACGGCAAAUUAAAAUUUAACAUUUCAACUUAAAUAUGUUGUGAAGAACAAGAGGAUAAGAUCUUCAAGCACAAAAAUUUACUGAUGAGGAUAACGUUUUAUGGUGGAAAUGUUAACACAGUUUUUCAAGGAGAAAAAGUAACUUAAAUUUGAAUCAUUUACUUAUGUUUAACCGGAUCACGGUGGACAUCAACUCACUGGUAUUAUUACAUUCCACUAGAUACAGUAAAGACACAUAAUAACUUUAUUUUUAAAUAUCAAUGUUUAUAUCAGAAAUUACAUCUUUUUCAACUAUUUAAAUUUAUGAAAAAGCUUCAACGUAAGUUAUAGAAUUAGUUUUUUAAAUUAUUUUAGGUGUAACACAAACGUUUUUCAAGAUCACAAGUUCUAUAAGAACAAAAUGAGUAAGAAGUUACACCAGAAAACUGAAGAGAGCCUAAAAAGUUAAGUACACUCAGGAAUGACUCUGGAAGCACUACUCAAAGUGCAUCAAAUAUCUACACUCACAAGAGCACAGUGGUUAAAACCAACGUGGAUUUGAAUUCUUACUCCACUACUGCUUAACUAGCUGCAUCAUCUUGAGCGAACCCCUGAAGCUCUCUGGGUCUCCAUUUCAUCAUCUGUAAAAUGGAUUUAACAGUAACACUACCUCAUAGGGUGGCUGAGGACUAAUGGAAUUAACGUGAAGCUAUGAGUUAAAGUCUAAUCUAAAAAGCCUCGUGUUCUGACUUCUGGUUACCUUGGAGAUUCUGACUCUUGAGCACCCUCAUGGCAAGUAAGAUUACCCCGUUUCCCCAAAAGU